AAACUCCACCUUCUCCCCUCCGUAACGUGUGAAAAUCUGGCUCCAAGUACCAUGUCCUGUUUCUGCACUGUCAUCAAUCAGAAGUCAGCCAGUCUACCAUUUCGUUCAAGAUCUGCAUCCCGUUUUGUGUCGGUGAUUCCUCUCUCUCUCGAAUUGUUACUAGUCUUUCUAUUCUUAAUCAUCCGUUUCACUUUCAUCCAUUGAAUCUUUUUCGCUUCUAUCGAUUGCUGUGCUUUUAUUAUUGUAGAUCAACGUUAAUUUUGCUUUAACGCUAAUUUGCUGCCCUUGUCUUAGAAUCUGGAAACGGAGUCAUUUUUCUAGUUCAUAUUCUUUAGCCAUGGCCGCAUCUUCCUCUGUUACCUCUACAACUCUUUAUUUGUUUCUCUAGAUUGUCAAGGAUCUACCAAAUUCUUCCUCAAAACGCCACAAUUAGCUCAAACUGUCAAAAGGGUUCCCAAAUGUCUUCGAUUCGAAUCGAUUCCUCAAAGCAAUUAGCCACGAGUAGCCUUGUCUUGGGUUAUGCUCUCUGUUCAAGCUUGCUUGCUGUGAUUAACAAGUUUGCCAUUACUAAAUUCAACUACCCUGGUCUUUUAACUGCAUUGCAGUACUUGACCUCUGCAUUGGGCGUAUGGGUUUUAGGCAAAUUAGGAUUUUUGCAUCAUGAUGCCUUCACAUAUGAAACUGCCAAGAAGUUUUUACCCGCUGCUAUUGUUUUCUACCUUGCAAUUUUUACAAAUACCAACCUUCUGAGCCAUGCCAAUGUGGAUACUUUUAUAGUGUUCAGAUCCUUGACACCCCUUUUGGUUGCUGUUGCUGAUGCUGUGUUUAGAAAACAGCCCAUCCCAUCGAAGCUCACUUUCUUGUCCUUGUUUAUCAUUUUGGGUGGUGCUGUUGGGUAUGUGGCCACUGAUUCUGGCUUUACUUUAACUGCCUACUCUUGGGCAUUUGCUUAUUUAGUGACCAUCACUUCGGAGAUGGUUUAUAUCAAGCACAUUGUGUCAAAUUUUGGUUUGAACACAUGGGGUCUUGUGUUGUACAACAAUUUGUUGUCAUUGAUGAUGGCUCCGGUGUUCUGGAUUCUCACAGGAGAGUAUAGGGAAGUGUUUGCUUCUUUGGGUUCAAAGGCUGGGAAUUGGUUCGAAUAUGAUGUAUUUUUUGCAGUUUCUUUGUCCUGUGUGUUUGGUUUGGCUAUUAGUUUUUUUGGAUUUGCGGCAAGGAGGGCGAUAUCUGCAACAGCAUUCACUGUGACUGGUGUAGUUAAUAAGUUUCUUACAGUUGUGAUCAAUGUGCUCAUUUGGGAUAAGCACGCCAGUCCAUUUGGUUUGCUUUGCCUACUCUUCACACUUGCUGGAGGUGUUCUCUAUCAGCAGUCAGUUACUAGAGCUGGAGCUGAGCCUGUUCCUAAGCAGACAAACAGCGAAAAUGAUGGCGAUGAAGAGACUCAACUUGUCAAAAAAACUGAUGGUGAUGAAGAGAACUAAGGGAGGAGCAUAUCUGGUAAACAUGCUUCUGCAUGACAAUUAUUAUUUCAUAUGUUUUCAUAUUCUAUUUAGCUUGGAUGAUGAUUUGAAGAGGCUUAUUGUGAUGUAUGGAGGUUUUUAUCUCUAGUACUAGGGAUUAAAGAGUAUCUUAGUUGUAUUAGAUAUUUUAAGGAAUUUAUCCUUCUUGUUUCUUACACUAUGUGUCUUUGUUUUAUUUGCUUUACCAUAUGGUAAUGAUUUGGUCUUUUAUUAACA